AUGGCCAACGAGAGGAUAAGGUGGUGCUUCAACCCACCGCCAGCACCCCACUUCGGCGGACUUUGGGAGGCGGCGGUGAAGUCCUUCAAGCAUCACCUCAGGAGAGUGCUAGGGGAAUCGACCCUCACCUAUGAGGAGAUGAGCACUCUCCUCGCGCAAAUCGAGGCAUGUCUCAACUCCAGGCCGCUGCAGGCGAUGUCCGACGAUCCGGACGACUUGGCGGCAUUGACUCCGGGGCACUUCCUCGUGGGAUCAGUGCUCAACGCCAUCCCAGAGGCCAGCUCCCUGGACGUGCCGAUCGGCCGCCUCUCGCGCUGGCAACUGCUCCAGAGGAUGCGCGACCACUUUUGGAACAGGUGGUCGCAGGAAUACCUCUACACGCUGCUCCAACAGCCCAAAUGGUACUUGGAGCCGCCUCGACUAACGCGGCCCACACGGUUCUUCCUCAAGACGUGGGACAUACGCUUGAGACGCUACACGUCACCCAGGGAAGCCUGGACAGCACCGCCUCUAUUAUCGCCGCUCCCUGCUUCACCAACACGUCCGGUGACACGGGAGACGCAGACGAUACCUCCGAGUCGAGUACGUCGCGGCGUCCAGGCAGGGCCACCUUCUGGAGUCAACCAGGCGUCACAAUCUGACAGCGACUGGGAACCUUCCACGCGCGUUUCCAGCACGCAGACAGAUCCGGAAGUCACCGCACGAUCGACAGCGACAACCAACGACCUUAAGCCGAGUUCACCGGCACCGAGCUCGCGACCUAAGGCCUCGUCCACGAGGAGCCAGAAGACACCGUAG